GCUACUAUAGCAAACAGGAUACUGGAAGUGUUUCAUCAUUGCUACGGAGCCGAUGAUGCUAUGAGCAGCAUGCUAGAUAAUGUGAUCGCUAAAAUUAUGGAUUGUUUGCCGCUGAAAGAUGCGGUGGCGACUAGUAUUUUGUCAACAGGUUGGAGGUUUAAUUGGACCCUUCUUACCCAACUCAUACUUGAUGCUGACAUCAUUGGUAGUUUACCUCGACACUUUAAUAAAAGCGAUGCUAUGUACAAGAAUGUUGUCCCACUACCUGACAUAUCUUCUUCCGAGGUAGACUGCAGCACAAUGGGGAAGCUGCAGCUUCAGAAUGUGAGUUUCAUAUUUAUAAAAGGUUUGGAAAAUGAAGUAUGUUUGAUUAAGUAUAUACUGGCUUGUUCCCCCAUGCUAAAGAGCAUUGAAAUUCUACUCGACACGUCCAUAGGGAGCAAUGUCAACGAGAAGUAUAAGCUUGCUAACAAGUUGUUGAAGCUCCAUCGAACCUCUCCAAAAGCUGAAGUAGAUAUCUUCUAGUUUGUUGGUGUAUUCAUGAACUAUUAUUACAUUUCCUGCUGUUUUGUAUUGAUUUUGUGACUUCUGCGCA